CUUUUGGUUUAUUGCUUAGAGCACCUUUUGCUUUCUCGCGAGUUUAGAUCUUACUUAGAUUCCAACAUGGGAGACAAAGGCCAAGAACCGACUGAAGAGAACCACACCCUCUUCCAGGCGUUCGAAUGGAACGUCCCUGCAGACAAGGCUCACUGGAAGAGACUAGCAACUGCCUUGCCGAAAUUAAAGGCCAUCGGCAUCGACAACAUCUGGCUUCCUCCAGGCUGCAAAGCAUCGUCUCCCGAGGGCAAUGGCUACGACGUCUACGAUCUCUACGAUCUCGGUGAAUUCGAUCAGAAGGGCGGCCGUGCCACCAAAUGGGGCACCAAAGAAGAGCUUCAAGAGCUAUGCAAAAUCGCACGAGAGCAGGGCGUUGGCGUGUAUUGGGAUGCUGUAUUGAACCACAAGGCCGGUGCCGACAGGACCGAGCGUUGCCGUGUCAUUGAAGUCGAUCAGAACGAUCGUACCAAAGAAAUUGGGGAACCAUACGAGAUCGAGGGGUGGCUCGGCUUCGACUUUCCCGGCCGAGGCGAGAAGUACUCGAACUUGAAGUACCACUGGGAGCAUUUCAGCGGCACCGAUUACAACCAGGAGAACGAGAAGAAAGCCAUUUACAAGAUUCUUGGAGACAAUAAGGGAUGGUCAAACUCUGUGGACGGCGAGAAUGGAAACGCAGACUUCCUCAUGUUUGCAGACAUCGAUUACUCGCAUCCCGAAGUGCAGGCAGACGUUAAGAAGUGGGGUGUGUGGAUUACCCAAGAACUCGGAUUGAAGGGAUUUCGAUUGGACGCCGUCCAGCAUUUCUCGGAGAGGUUCACGAAUGAGUGGAUUGACAAUCUCCGCGAACAAUGCGGACAUGAUAUCUUCGUGGUGGGAGAAUUCUGGUCAGGCGACGCCCAGCUUAUGACCGAUUGGCUCCGGGAUCUGAAUCACGCGUUCUCUCUGUACGACUCUCCGUUGCUCAACAACUUCGCCAGACUGUCGACUACUGAAGAUGCCGAUCUCCGUAAGGUUUUCGAUGGCAGUCUUGUCCAGGCUCAACCAAGCAAUGCUGUCACAGUGGUUAUGAACCACGACACACAACCUGGUCAAACGGUUGCUACGCAUAUUGAAGGUUUCUUCAAACCCCUCGCAUAUUCACUAAUCCUCCUCCGCGAGGAGGGAUACCCAUGCCCCUUCUACGGCGAUCUCUACGGCAUGAAGGGCGAGAACCCGGAGCCGGCCUCUUGCGGUGGAAAACUCGCAGACAUCAUCCUCGCGCGUAAGCUAUAUGCAUACGGUGACCAAGAAGACUACUGGGACAACCCCAACUGCAUCGGAUUCGUGCGACGAGCAACGUGGGACAGGCCAGAUGGUCUUGCCUGCAUCAUGAGCAACACGAAGCCAGGGGAGAUCAGGAUGGCAGUAGGAACAGAGCAUACGGGCGAGGUGUGGACUGAUAUCUUGGGCUGGGAACAAGGCGAGGUGACGAUUGAUGACGAAGGGUUCGGCCUUUUCAAGUGCCCUGGCAUCAGUGUCAGUAUCUGGGUCAACAAGGAGGCUCAAGGAAGGGACCAAUUCCCUACUAAUUUCGAUUCCAACAUCUAUGGAGAAUAGAUUGGCAUUUAGAGAUAUACAUAGACUUUUUAAUUUCACUUCUUUGGAUACUUCAUUAACCCACUUUUUGGUACCAUAGCUUUAAAUUUUGCUACUUUGAGUAGAUUAUUCAAUACUAUUCUUGAAUACAA